CGAACGUUCAAGUUAGAGCGCAAUGCUUUCUGUCAAGGUCAGGUGGUAGGAGUUCCGGUAACGUAACGUUUAAGAACCGCUGUAGUUUGAUAAUUUUGGAGUAUUCGUGUAUUACUGAUAUGGUAAUAUAUUCUGCCGGGACAGUUAUUAUUUGCUAAAAAAUGUCAGAAAUAAAAAUCACGGCGUUCGAAGCAACGCAAUCUUGCCAGAUCGGUUCACCAUUCCUGCCCCCGGCACCGAAUUGGUUCAGCAGCGGCAGCGCAGACUGCCGGCCGCAGGACCGCCUGCUUGUCACAGGCGCCUUCAAGAGCAUCGUCUUGUACAGGAUACCUGAGGGACCCGGGGCGCCGCAAGUACUGAAGAGCAUCUACCACGCGGGGGCGAAGGUGCUACAGGUGCGACUGUUCCCUGACGCUCACCAUGCCCGUCACGGCAGCUCGCUGCUGGUCACCACCGACCAGCACCACGUCACCCUCUACAACGCCGACACUGGCGCAGCUACCAUCCAGCACGCUGAGCAUGUGGAUGGCGGGGUGAACGGCAUCUGCUUCAGCGUGUCGACAUCAGGCGAGGUGCUGGCUGUGUCAGUGGGCGGUAAUGGUCGCCUCGUCCUCUGGAAUGUAGACACUAACAUCACCAAGACGAUGUUCCUGAACCCGUCAGUCCGUCCCAACCUUUUGGUCAACCCACAAUCUGACGUGACGCUCACUCUGGUCGAGGUUGUGCCUGACGCAGACCACACUGUCAUUGUGGCUGCUCAGAAGAUCAUGGUGGUUGUGGACGUUAAGAGUUGUCAAGUGCUAUACCAACUGAAAGGUCACGAGCAAGCGAUCUACACCAUCAGAUGGUGGACUCCGCCUCACCCUUCUGUGAAAACUCCCUUCACUGAACCUCACGCAUGCGCUGGAGACUCUGAAAGUAACCUAAACGACACGAAGAGGCAGCUGGAGACAGCGUCAGGCCCUUACUUCGCCUCGUCCGACCACGGCCGUAACAUCCUGCUGUGGAACGUCGCCAGUCGCCGCUUUGUGUGCCGCACGCAAGUUGCACCCUCAGACACUUUCAAGAAGCCUAAAGGGGCCGUAGGUCGCAGCUUUCGACCCCCCAUCCAGCACGUCGCGCUUGCCUGGUAUGGUAACCGCCUGCUGGCCAACACUGCUGCGGGAGUCAUAAUAUCCAUCCCUCUGUCUGAGAACGCUUCCACUAGCUGCGUCUCUGUGACUCAAGACAGCUUGACUGUGACCAAUGCUCCUGCCAGCGACAGGAGCAAUUCUCGUGACUGGAGGAGUGACAGCAAAACUAACUCAGAAGCUAGUGCAGCAUCGGUGAACAAUGAGGAACUAAGACCCGGUAUUAUACAUCGGGAACACACUCGAGUCUUGUUCAAUUUGAAUGUAAUUGGUUCGAUACUUGUUAGUUGCGGGCAGGACCGAAAUCUUGUUGGAUAUUGCCUGGACACCAACAAAGUGCAUUUCUCCUUGCCAACGCUUGGUGGCGCUGUGCAUUCCUUAAUGUUCGAUCCAAGAGACUCCAGUUGGCUUGCUAUGGGACUACAUGAAGAUUCCAUUAAGCUCAUUAACCUUAACAGCUCUCCUCCGCUGAGGAGCAAGGCUAUUUCUGGUGGCAUCAAGGGCAAAGUCUUGUCCUUAAGUUGGCAUCCCAAAGAAGAUGGCUUCUUGCUGUACGGAACGUCUGAUGGUCAAGUCGGCAUUGCCAAUGUCAAUUCAGGGAAGGUAACGGCGUUCGCUUUCUUCCAUCAAAGGCCCGCUUACAAAGUGGAAUGGGCUCCUGCUGUGCUACCUCAGCGCUUCCCUGAAUAUGCAAAAUCUUGGUGCGCUUUCUCUGUUGGGGAUCGUGAAAUUGUCAUGAGGAAUACGAGCAGUCCCAUGGCGGACCCCGUGAAACUCACAGUGAUUUGUCCCAAUCUUCCAGACUACAUAACCGAAUUUUCAUUUUCUCCCGACCAUAAAUUUCUUGCGAUUGGAUGUCAGAAUGGCAGGGUAUCAAUCGUUAGAAGUUCAGAUCUUAUAGAACUUGUAAAAAUUGUCGUAGUGCGCAAAACUAUUCAGCACCUCCUUUGGAAGCCAGUGAUGUCAGCCAAUGCAACUGACGCAAAAACUCAUUACUACCUCGCAAUGGCAUCAAGUGAAAGUAAAAUUUGUUUGCUUGACUUGACCAACACUCUCCCAGAACAGAACGCUAAGUACGAUCAAUUCCACCUUGUGUCUGAAGCCGCUAGAAAUGAAACGGAAGAAAUCUCGGAAGGGAAACCAGACCUGCCUGCGUGGGAGCCUCUGAUCAUGCCAACCUGCACCCGCGAGUUGUGUGGGCACGCUAGUCGCGUCGUUUGGUUGUGCUUUUCGAAACACAAUCCAAAUCUCCUCGCAUCUGCAUCUUAUGAUCACACGUGCCAAAUAUGGGACACGAGCUCUGGGGAACAAGUAGGUAACUACCGAGGCCAUCUUUGCAGACUUUACCGAGUUGAAUUUAGCCCCACCGAAGCCGACCUCCUCUAUAGUUUCGGUGAGGAAAACAGUAUUCAUCAGUGGAGGUACACCGAUCUCAUCGAUAAGUCACCACCUGGUAAGAUAAUGAAAUUGCGAGACGCUAAGCCAAAGAUUGCAUCUAGUAACAUACAGGAACCGCAGCCAGGGCCUGCUACGACCAAUGCUGCUAAGCCUCGACCAGCCAAGAACAACGAGCUUGCUCCUGCUUCUGGGUUUGCGUCGAAGCGAGUUGCGUCACACAAGUCCUUGUUUCCUUUACUGCACCACGCCUCCUGCUACAAGAGAGGCUUCAUCCUUAUGAGCAUCAUGUGUAUGCACGAGCAGAAAAAACUUGAGGCAGCACACAAGAAACAAGAAAAUGUCAACAUUGAGGAUUUACUUGAGGCUGCUGAGGAAGAAGCCGCUGUUGCUGAAAGUUCAUCAGCUGUGCUUGGAUCAGCUGUGGCCCACUACCCCGCAGUACUGGAGGCUGUUGGAGCUGCCGUCAUGGAAGCUGAAGACGAACUUCCACGCGUGGAAGACAUCAAGACCUUCGUGGACUUCUACGGAUCUGCCGACCAGACUGCGUCCUUCUUAGACCAGCAAAUCGCAAGCCACAUGGAGGCCAACAACUUGGCCGUUGCGGCGCCGCUUCAUCUCUGGCGCGGCACCUCCGAGGCGCUCGUGCGUCAAGCCAUCAGCAGCAAGUCCCUCACUGCUGACAUCGUGGUGCAGGCGCUGCACGCCUCCAGGCAACUUGGCGAGACCGCGUGCGAGGCGUUCUCUCAGCAGCUCGUGGCUGCUGGUGACAUCGUCACUGCUUCCUCCUACCUCAUCAUGGCUAAUAAGGUAACUGAAGCGAUCGAGCUGCUACAACAGCGCAAGCUGUACAGAGAAGCGCUUGUGUUGGCCAAGACGCGACGCCCCGGCAACCUGGCGUUGCAAGAGAGCAUCGCUGUGAACUUCGCCAAGAAUUGCAUGGCGGAGGGACAAUAUGACAUCGCCGCAAUACUUCAAGAAAGCCUGGGUGACACCGAAGCUGCGGCGAGCUGCCUGAGCCGCCGAGGUGACCUGGCCUCUCUGGUCGUCGCUGGUUUACUGUACCACAGACUGGGCAGUCCCAUGGCCGACGCCACGUUGCUCGAAGCUCUCAGAACUUCAGGGUCCAAAGGUCAACUGGACCAAGUGCUGGACACAGUUCUAGCGGCAGCUCCCCAGUUCAAGUUUUUCUCGCUCAUCGCCGCGACGGUUCGGGAAUACUCGCACCUGCUGUCAACUGUCGCAGCCCGAGGAGCGAGCAGCGCCUUAAUGAGCACCAAGCCCCUCGCCUCAUCGCUCGCUCCUGCCGAAACUGUGGACGCUUCUCUCGACACAAAGUCAAGAUCGCAGGUCGCGCCAACUGCACGUGAAACUCAGGCUGCGUCUGUCGAUAGUUUCUUUGGAAAUGAAGAGUCUAAGGUUCCUACUGCCGUAGAAGAAAGUGCAGAACAAUCAAAGGAAUUUGCAGCUGGAGGCCUGAACGUAGGUUCUGUUGGAACUCAAGAAUUGGAAGGAGAGACUCAAGAAUAUCUCCGCGCCGACAUUAAUCGUUUAUCUGGCGUUGGAGAGUUACUGGCGUCCUUGAAGGCCCCCAAAGUGCCGUACGCACACAAAAUUUUCUUCGCUCACAAUCAGUCGGGAGCUGAGAGCGAGGAGUCGUUGCUUGAGCGCAUCCUGCGUGUGUGGCUGGCGCAGUUCAGCGGCUCAGAGCUCACAGAGCUUCACGCAGCGCUCUGCUCUACACUCAACGUCUCUCUCAAGCCGUCAUCACUGAAACAGUAUCAGUUCUUACUCGGAAUCGAAGUCUCCAAACUGCUGCUACGACUCAGCGGGCACUCGUCCCUCACGACCGCUGACAACUCAACUGAUGCCUCAUCGUCGCCUGAUAUUGAGGCGGCCGCCGCUGCUUUGCAGUCGACGUUACAAUUGGCAAUUGACUGGGACAGAUUUGAUCAGAUCUAUGAGAUUUCCCACAUUCUCCUGCCCAAAGGAAUCGAGACGCCACCUACGCUGCUGUCCCCGCUCCUGGGCUCAGGUGUGGACGGUGAAGCUCAUCCGUCGUACUCGCUGCUCUGUAAACUGAACACUCUGACGGAGUACGUGCAGACAACGCGCCAACUUUACACUCCCUUCAAGUCUUGCGACUCCAAGACACCAGACGCUCUUGACUCUGACACCAACGCUGGCAAAAGGAAUAGAACAGCUACUGAUGAUGGAGCUGUCACUGAUGAUGGAGCUGCCACUGAUGAUAGAGCUGACGACGAGUUUGUUGUCUACUGGCAUAAAGGAUCCCAUACAAAUGCGGUGAUGAACUACGCUCCUCUGUGA